UCUUUUUGUUUACUUACGGUUAAUUAUUAAUUCGUGAAAGAACUGCCACGUAAUGUAAUUCAAUACUCUAUUUGCACACGUGCUAUCAGCAUUGAAGGAUUUACAUCUACGCUAUCUAGAACUCUGCUCUAUUUUUCUUCGCAACAAAUCGAUAGCUUCUACUUAGAAAAGCUACCAAGGCACACCAAAAUGAAUGUUGAAUAACAAGUAAAGCUGAAGAUGAAUAUGUUCAAGAAGACUACUUUUGUAAGGUUUUGCUUUGCAUCGGCCUACAUGUUGCCAGAGGAACUUGGACUGUCAACUGAACAGCUGAUUUGUCUGUACAAAGAAUGCAUAGAGAUGGCUAAACACUGUAAUGAUAUAAGUACCAUGAUGAAUUCAUGCGUGCAGUUUGUAUUGCAUAGCAACAGCAUAGGUAGACAUGCUGAUUCACUGAGGUGUCUGAAGGAAAUAUUACCGUUAGCUGUAACAAUACCAAGUUCUGAGUUGAUAGUUCAUAAAUAUUUGUCCUUCACAUAUGGGGAGCUCAAAGAGUUUGACAACGUUGUCUUUUACGCCAAGAAAUGGAUCGAAAUUGCUCAAACUAUAGACGAUAAAGAAAACGAAAUGUAUGGGCAUUAUGAAAUGGGAAAUGCAUUUUCAUUCUUAGCUCGUUAUGAUGAUGCUAUUGAAUGUGGCAACAAAUGUCUUAAAAUUGGCCAAAAAAUCGAUAGCACAAAAGGCGAGAUGAUGGCAUACGACUGUAUAAGGGUUGCAUAUAAAUUAAUGCAGAAAUAUGAUGACACUAUUCAUUAUGCCCACAAGCUCCUUGAUUACKCCAUGAAAAACAACGAUCGUGAGACUAUGAAGACUGCAUAUUUAGAGCUAGGAAGAGCACAUCUUGCCUUGAAUCACUAUCAAGACGCCAUUAACUUUGGACAGAAAUGCAUUGACAUAGCAAGGGAAAUAGAAGACAGAUGUGGUGAAGUCUGGGCUUACCUACUGAUGGGGCGAAUAUAUAACGUUCUUUCCGAAUACGACAAUGCAAUUAUCUAUUGCAAGAAGUGUAUUGAGCUCGCAGUAACUAUUGGCGAUAAAUACGCAGAGCCUCAUGCUUAUAGCUUACUUGGAAGGGUAUAUUAUUCUUUGGGAAAAUACGAUGAUGCCAUUUUCAGCUGCAAUAAGUGUCUUCACAAUGACAAAGAAGAUAAUCAAGAAAAAGCUGCUGACGCUAUUGCGUAUCUGUCUUUGGGAAUGGUCAAACAGUCUUUGGAGAAAUACGAAGAAGCCAUUCAGAAUUUCAAGCAAUGCAUCGAUAUCGUGAACUGUAUUGGCUGCGAAAAGAAUGCGGGGGUAAGAGCGUGUUUGUAUCUAGGAAAGAUAUUUCAGACCCUGGAACAGCACAAUGAUUCAGUGCGAUACAAUAAGAAAUGUAUCGAAAUGGCACAMGAAACUGGCGAGAAAAUGAUUGAAGCACAAGCAUGUCUAAGUCUUUUGCUUUUAUAYCUGACAUCAGAUGAUGAGAAUAGCAUCGAUAAUGCUAUCCAAUACGGUAAGAAAUGCCUAGACAUCUCUCAAGCUACUGAAGACAGAAAAACUGAGAUGGACGGACAUUUUCUUCUCGCUCAAGCAUAUAUGGGCUCGUYGCAGUUGMAUGAAGUGUCUUUGAGUAUAGAUGCAGGAAUAGCGAUUGCUACAGGGCUUGGAGACAAAGAGGCUGAAGCAAACUUCAAAGUAAUUCGUUCUAGUCUUUAUGCAAGUGUGGGUUUGCGUGAGAAAGCGAAUGCUUGCGAUUUACCCUCAGUAAAGGAAUUAUUAGARKUACCAACAUSUUCUGAAAAUGAGCUCYUACAGGAUCGURAUCAAGCGGUGGAGACAAGAAAUAAAACGAAGAAACACAAGGCUUCCAUCAGGCUAUACAAUUUUUAUCUUUCCAAAAAAGAUUAUCAAAAAACAAUCAAUUGCCUUGAACAGUUAAAGGAGAUGGACUUGGAUCGUUCUGUGAACUUGUUCUGUCUCACAGAAAUCGGAAACUUGUAUCAGUUGAUGGGUCAGAAUGACAUGGCUUUACGCUGUUUCAAAGAAGGGCUACCUAUUGCCAAGUCUUGUUCUCAUAAUAUGGUUCGAUCCAGAUUCUAUUAUAGUAUUGGUAAAUUAUUGUUUUUGYUUAAAGAAGAACUGAACUUGGCAGAACAUUAUCUAAGAGAAGCUAUACGAUGCUUUGAAGCGAUCUUUACGACACUUGGUAGUCGUGAUGAAUUUAAGAUCUCAAUUUUUGACCAAUAUAUUCAUAGUUAUAAACUAUUGGCAAUACUGUUAAUCAACGGCAAACAGAUCACGGAAGCGCUUUUAGUGCUAGAUCGUUGUCGUGCAAGAGCAUUGAAAGAUCUUAUGAUDUCAAACUUCAAGAUGGAACAAAAGGAGAGCAAUGAUGAACACGUAGAGUACAGCGAUGCUUUGUCUCUGGUCUCAAGAAAUGACUUCAGCAUUGCCUUUUACUCACUUUGUUUUGAUGCUUUUCUGAAGUUUUUUAUUGGAGGGGAGACAAAUUCGCAUUAUUCAAGUUGUCCUAAUCAUUCCCUACAGAUAUACGUCGAUAGGAUGUUUGACGAAAUGGGUGUUCGUGAUGUGGUUGACUGUGAGGAUAGGUGCUUGGACAAAGAAGAAGGUAUUCAAAAAGAACCAGAAAAAAACGAGGAAAAAAACGAGGAAUUUAAACAACCAACAGCAUCACUGCUUAACCUCAGUUCUAACAGAGGAGAAUCUAAUGAGAAUAGUGCUGAAACCAAGGGAUCUACUUUAGAAGAUAUAUUUGAUAUCUUAGAAUGUGAUAGAAUACUAUCGAUGAAGCAAGACGAGGUUGUUAUUAUUCCAGAUGGUCCCUUAUAUGAAGUGCCUUUUCCCGCCUUACAAGAUCCUCGCACGGGAAAGUAUUUGUCAGAGACAAAGCGCAUUAGACUUGCUCCUUCACUGGCAACCUUAAAGCAUCUUGAAGACUUCCCAACAGACCGAUUCAGCGAUGCCAAGMCUUUGAUUAUUGGUGAUCCUUUAGUUGGGAAAGUUAUGAUGAAUGGAGMAGAACUGGAUAUUGGACGUUUGCCAGGUGCACAAGCAGAAGCAAUCGUAAUAGCUAAUAAACUUGGUGUUAAGCCACUAAUAGGCGAAGCAGCCACAAAGGUGGUUGUCCUAGAGAAACUACAAAAGGGGGUAUCUGUUGUUCACAUUGCUGCACAUGGUAUCCUAUCAAAAGCUACCAUCGUACUUGCACCUUCUCCUGAGGUAAGAGCAAAAAAGAUCCCAGAUGAAGAAGAUUACAUGCUGACCAUGGCUGAUGUACAGCAGGCUCAAGUACGUGCACAGUUAGUUGUGUUAAGCUGCUGUCACAGUGGACGUGGUGAAAUCAGAGCUGAAGGAGUAGUUGGCAUGUGUCGAGCCUUUCUAGCGUCAGGUGCUCGUGCAGUGGUAGCGUCUCUGUGGGCCAUCGAUGACGAUGCAACAUUCGAGUUCAUGGAAAAAUUCUAUCUUAGUUUAAAAGAUGUAAAGAGUGCGAGUGCUAGUUUACAUCAAGCGAUGAAUGGAAUGAGAAACACUUCCGGCUACAGCAAACCAAAGUACUGGGCACCAUUCUUUCUCAUACUGUUCAUGUGACUUUGCCAUCACGUGAGUGAUGCAUACUCUUGGUGCAUAGGUUGUCCUUCUGAUUAUGCAGGUCAUUUAUUGUCAGAACUAACUUCAGUCAGUUGUAUUGAGAGACAAUGUUUUUCAAGAGCAAAUAUGUAAAUAAAUCAGGAAGACACACUUCUAGUAAUAUUAAGUAACAUUAUUCAGUCGACCAACGUACAUAAAGUUUUUUUUUUUUUUUCGUAUAGCACUUCAACCAUAUAUGCAUGAUACUACGAACCGAGUUCUCUAAUAGUACAGGUGGUAAAUAGGAACUAAGUAGGCCGAUUUAUUAAAUAACAUUAGUUAUUAUAAAAAUACUUUAGUAUAAUAGACUUAAAUAUAGAGUUUCGCGCGCUGUGAUUGGUUGAGCGACCAGUGAUUCUGAGACGAUAAUCACUGCUCGAGCGGUGAUUAUGAGGUUUCCCAAAGUUUGCCAGAGCAUAAGUAAUGGACGGAAAAAGCGCGAUUGCAAGUUUACAGCAAGCGCUGAAAGAAAUGAGGAACUCUUUCAGCUACAGCAAACCAAAGUACUGGGCACCAUUCUUUCUCAUGGGUGAUGACGUCACAACCAAAUGUUAAGGAUUGCUGAAACUGAGCAUAAUGAUGGCAUUUUUAAAAUCUCAUUAAAAUGACAAGAAUUGCCUUUUUUACGUUCAGAAGACAAAUGA